UGUUUAUAAAUAACUAUUUCUUUGUACAAGAUACAUAUAAUAAAUAAAUGUGUUUAAGUGACAGUGUAUGUCAGUCAUGUUGUUUGUUUUAAAAUUGAUUUUUUGACUAAACUAUGAAGAAUUGAAACUUAUAGUGCAGUGAUUAUUACUUUUAAAAUAUCUUUUUUUAAAUAUGUUUCAUCCUCUACAAAUAAAACAUGAAUGUAUGAGAAUAGAAGAUGUUAACUCUGAUGAUAAAGUUAAUGUUCCAAAUAAUUCUAAAUAUUCAUUUAUUGAAGAAGAUUAUAAAUAUAAUGAAUUAUCACAAUUUUGGAAUCAUGCACAGUUAUCUAAUGAAAUAUAUUCAAAAAAUCAAAUCCAUGGUCAAUGCAGUUUAUUUCAAACUGAAGAAAAUAAUUCAUUAACAUAUAUGAAAAAUUAUGUACAAAAUAAUACAAUUUUUCAAGUUAAUCAGGAAGAAAGUUUGAAUCAAAUGAAUCAAAGACAUCAUAUAGAUAUGACUCAAAAAGCUGAACAAUCACAAUUUCCUCAAAUCAACAAUAUACAAUCAACAAAAUUUGUAAAUCAAAUAACAAUUUCUGAACCUAUAUCUCCUACAAAAUCUAAUCGUCCUGGAAGACCAUCUAAAAAUUCUUCAGAAUUAAAUAUAGGAAAAAAACUUAAAUGUCAAUGUGAAAUAUGUUUUAAAGAAUUUGGACAUAAAAGUAACUUAUUUAUACAUAUGAGAACUCAUAAUGGAGAACGGCCUUAUAAAUGUAAUCAAUGUGGGAAAUGUUUUACCCAUAGUGGAAAUUUAGCUAUCCAUAUGAGGACACAUUCUGGUGAAAGACCUUAUGGUUGUCAAAUAUGUGGAAAAAUGUUUAGUCAUAGUGGAAACUUAUCAACACACUUAAGAACUCAUUCAGGUAUAAAACCAUAUAAAUGUGCUGUAUGUGGUAAAGAAUUUAGACAUAGUGGAAAUUUAUCAAUUCAUGAAAGAAUACAUUCUGGAAUUAAACCAUUUCAAUGUAAAGUUUGUGGAAAAGACUUUUAUCAUAGUGGAAAUUUAACAACUCAUAUGAAAAAACAUAUUAUAAAUAUUAAUACUAAUAUUAAUCAAUAUGAUAAUGAAAAACAAGAAAUAAGUGGUGCAGUAAAUCUUAAUACAACUAGAAAUUCAUUCAAUAAUUUACCAUUAACUCAAACUACUGAUAUUAAAAUAAUGUCUAAUAUAAACAAUAUUGUUCCUAUAAAAAAUGAAAGUAAUGAUGAAUAAACUAAUAGUAAACUAUUCUAACACAA